AUGCCCUGCCCAUUUUGCAUGAUUGCAUCGAGUACCCCGCCAUCGAGCAACCCCGCAAUCAUCAACUCUCCCCAUGGAUCCGCAUACCCCGUCCUCUCAACUCCCUUCGUCGUCGCAUUCUUAGACAUCGCCCCUCUCUCACCUGGCCAUCUCCUUGUCUGCCCCAGGAGACAUGCUGUGAAAGCAACCGAGAUGACAGUUGCGGAGUCGAUGGCACUGGGAUUCUGGUUACCUGUGCUGACGAGAGCUGUGUUGAAGAGUGUAGGGAAGACGCCGGAGGAGGCGAGUUGGAAUAUUUUACAGGCGAAUGGUGCAGAAAGUGGUCAAACAGUACCUCACUCUCAUUUUCACAUCAUCCCACGGUUGGGACUUCCUCGUCAUGCAAGUGAUAUCACGGAUGCGGAGAGGAAGAAUAUUGUUCUUGGGGAAGGUCCGAGGGAGAAAUUGGACCCAGAAGAUGGGAAGAGGAUCUCAGAGGGGAUCAAGCGUGCGUUAGUGGAGGAGAUAGAGAAAUUGAGAGCUAGAGGGGAUAUUUCAGGUGUGGAUGGUGUGUUGAGUGUCAACUUGAAGUUGGUGGGCAUGGGUUGA